UCUCCACCCUUUGAAUGAUUAGGCCAUAAUGACAGCUGAAGAUUCUACUGCAAGGAUGAGUAAUGAUUCCUCCAGCAUGCAGACCAAUAAAAUUCCCGAAGGGCUCUCGGGCACUCCAAACGAGGCCGCGCUCUUGCAGUUAGUAGAUCGUACCGGCUACACCAUGAUUCAGGAGAACGGGCAACGAAAGUACGGGGGUCCACCUCCGGGCUGGGAAGGCUUGCACCCUCCUCGGGGAUGUGAGGUCUUUGUGGGCAAAAUCCCUCGUGACGUCUACGAAGACGAGCUGGUCCCGGUGUUUGAGACCGCGGGACGUAUCUACGAAAUGCGCCUGAUGAUGGACUUUGACGGCAAGAACCGUGGCUAUGCCUUUGUGAUGUACACCCAGAAAUACGAAGCCAAGCGCGCUGUCAAAGAACUCAACAACUACGAGAUCCGUCCGGGAAGACUGUUAGGGGUGUGUUGCAGCGUGGACAACUGCCGGCUCUUCAUCGGUGGGAUCCCCAAGACGAAGAAGCGGGAGGAGAUUUUGGAAGAGAUCUCCAAGGUGACGGAAGGCGUGCUGGAUGUCAUCGUUUACGCCAGCGCGGCUGAUAAGCUGAAGAACCGAGGAUUUGCUUUCGUGGAGUACGAAAGCCACCGAGCGGCCGCCAUGGCGAGGAGGAAGCUUAUGCCAGGCCGAAUCCAGCUGUGGGGCCACCAGAUUGCCGUCGAUUGGGCCGAGCCGGAGAUAGAUGUGGACGAAGACGUCAUGGAGACGGUGAAAAUCUUGUACGUGAGGAAUCUGAUGAUCGAGACCACGGAGGAGACCAUUAAAAAGGUCUUUGGUCAGUUUAACCCGGGCAGCAUAGAACGGGUCAAGAAAAUCCGAGAUUACGCUUUCGUCCACUUUACCUGCCGGGAUGACGCCGUUCACGCCAUGAACAACCUCAACGGCACUGAACUGGAAGGAUCCUGUCUGGAGGUCACCUUAGCCAAGCCGGUCGAUAAAGAGCAGUAUACCCGCUACCAGAAAGCUGCGAAAGGAGGAGGAGCCACAGCAGUCGAAGUGACGCAACAACCUAACUAUGUUUACUCUUGCGAUCCGUACACUCUAGCGUAUUACGGGUAUCCCUACAACGCCCUGAUUGGUCCAAAUCGAGAAUACUUUGUGAAAGCAGGCAGCGUUAGAGGCAGAGGACGAGGUGCGGCAGGCAACCGGGCGCCUGGUCCAAGAGGAUCAUAUCUGGGGGGUUACUCUGCCGGCCGUGGCAUCUAUAGCAGAUACCAUGAAGGGAAAGGAAAGCAGCAGGAAAAAGGCUACGAGCUGGUCCCCAAUCUGGAAUUGCCUGCGGUCAACCCAGUUGCAAUUAAACCGGGAACAGUGGCAAUUCCAACCAUCGGAACCCAAUAUUCCAUGUUCCAAGCUGCGCCAGCCACCAAGGUGAUUGACGAUGGGAAGAUCCAUGCAAUGGAGCAUAUCAUCAGCCCUAUCAGCGUCCAGCAGGAUCCUGCAAGCGCCGCGGCGGCAGCCGCAGUGGCGGCAGGUGCCGUAAUACCUGCGGUUUCCACCCCGCCUCCUUUUCAGGGCCGUCCGAUAACUCCCGUGUACGCCAUGGCACCUAGUAUGCAGAGAAUUCCAGCCGCGGGAAUCUACGGAAGCUACGUUCCUUUCGCGGCUCCCGCAGCUGCCACCACGAUUGCCACACUACAGAAGAACGCAGCUGCGGCCGCCGCGGCCGCUGCUUAUGGAGGGUACGCGGGGUACAUCCCCCAAGCCUUUCCAGCUGCCACCUUUCAAAUUCCCAUCCACGAUGUGUAUCAAACCUACUGAGAACUGCUGGCCGGGUCGAAGUUGAAGGAACAUUUUAGUAUUUAUGAAGAAAAACAAAACAAAACAAAAAAACCUACUUGGAUGUCAGUAAACUGAAGAUAGAAACCUGGAAGUGAAAUUUCUCCCCGAACGCAGCAUCACCUCUGAAAUCUUUUAUACAGAUGAAGUUUUUAACUAACUUUUGUAGGCCUUUUAUUUUUUAAGAAAAAAGAAGAAGAAAAAAACAUAAUAUGAAGUCCUACAUUUCUAACACGGCCGGGUUUUUUGAAAGUCGUUGCUUCCCUACAAGUUUAUAUUCCGUUGUAGGUUUGGGUUUUUUUCCCCCCCUUUUUUUUCCUUUCUUCUUUCUUUUUUCUUUUUUGUUUUAGCCGUUUUAUUUUUCGCUGCGUUUGUGCUAUGAAGGUUAUUUUUUAGUUAAGUCCUGCACUCCAGAAUUGUCUAUUUUGUAGGGCCUUGAAUAAUAUAUCAAGUAAAUAUUAAAAAGUGCACCUAAAGAAGGUAGGGGAAAGUUUUUAAAAUGAUAUAUUUUGAAGACUAUAUUCGAUAUUUAAACCAUAAUGCAAAAGAUUUUUUUAAAAGAUAUAUAUAUAUAUAUAUAAAUAUAUAGGUAGAUAGAUAGAUAUACUUACAAAUGUGUGGUUUUAUUUAAGAAGUGAAACUGGAAAGUGCAAUUUGAAAAUUACUGAGACCUCUGCAUUAUUGGCUGGCAUUUCUGUGUAAUCUAGAGCCAAACGAUUCCUUGUAGAGACCUCCCAUUAAAUACCAGAUCCGCUUAAAAGGAUGCCCUAAUGUUAAGGAUAAUUUUUAUUUUGCAUUCUCCAGAGAGUCAUGUUUAUUUUUUUUUUUCAUUUUCACACUCAGUGCAUAAGUCCUUUUGUGCCUUAGGAAAAAUAUCAUUUUUCCUUCAUUUAUUUCAAAGGUUGAUACUAGGAUGAAAAAAAACAACAACCCCACAUUAUGUGAGCUUUAUUGCAUGUCCAUUUUUUUCCCCUAGCAGGGUUACUUAACAUUGGAAAUAGUAGAUAUUUGGUCUACAGCCCUGUCCUAUCCUGAAGCUCAGGGAUUAUUCAAACAUAGAAUUGUGGUUUAUUUAGCCAUUCCCUUCCCAAAGGUGCUUUUUCAAAAGGCUCCUGGACUUUCUUUGGUGGUUGGAUCUUGGUUGAAUAAAAAAAAAAAGUCCUGGAACUUUUCAUCCAUGUGAAAACAGCCAGUUGUUUUAUCCAGAUUCUCUAGUUUAGUCAAUCUUGGCAACUUUAAGAGGGGCGGACUUCAACUCCCAGAAUGCCCCAGCCCUGGUUCUCUUAACUUCCAUCAUAACUUCCAUCAAAACUGAUGUAAGAAUGAAAGGGCUGUUUCUCUCUGAACAAUAAAAUACAAUUAUCGGCUCCUAAGUUUAUAUUUAUCCGAAGUCCAUCUUUCCAGAUCAAAUAGACCUGAAAGGAGAUGCAUUACAGCAGCUAUGUUGGCAUGGAUUAUAAGCCAGUCGUUCCCAACGGUGCUUU